AUGACAGAUUCAUCUAAGCCUCAAGAGAUCCCCCGACUCAGCCGGAACUUCACCGACACAGAACGGUGGCAAGCCAUCGCCACCCGCGACGUAACAGCCAACAGCUUCGUCUACGCCGUUCUUACCACAAAAAUCUACUGCCGUCCCUCAUGCCCAGCACGACUAGCCCGCCGUGCCAAUGUCCAAUUCUACGACACUCCUCUGCAAGCAGAAAAAGCAGGCUUCCGACCCUGCAAGCGCUGCCGGCCGCAUUCGGGUCAGUCGGCGGCUCAAAGCAACCCCCAAACCGCCACGAUUGACAAAGCAUGCGAGUCAAUUAGGAACAUUCUGACGACAGGGCUGAAACCAAAAUUAAGAGAUCUGGCGGCGGAGGCUGGCUUGACAUCCAGUCAUUUCCAUCGUGUGUUUAAGAAACAUGUGGGCGUUACGCCUGGUCAAUAUGCAGAGAGCCUUGCGCAGAGCAACCUGCAUUCACCGGAAUCAUCGCUACCCGAUGGGUUGACUGGAAUUGAAACACCGCGCUCAGCCUCUGGGGAUAAAGGUGGUCAGAUCUUGGAUCUAGAUUGGGAUGGCGAGAAAGGGGCUGGUCUGUCGGCGGUUGGGGGUGAAAUCCCAUUUAUGAGUGGCUGGAAUGAGUUCGAUGUGCUGCUGGCUUCUGAAUUGGCAUCUGAAUCGGAACAAACGUGGAUGCCUGGUUUAUCUAUAGACCCUCGAAUGAUUUUGGGGUGA